AUGCAUACCUCUGGGUAUCUAGUCCAGGAGUCUUAUUCUCAACACCCAAAAGCCACUGCUGCCUGUCCAUCCAAUCUCCUUCACGGAGCCCUCUGGCUGCCAUGCUUUCCUCUACGUCCUCUAUCCAUUUCUUCUUUGGCCUUCCACGCUUCCUUCUUUCAGGUGGCGUAUAGUUAUAAAUUUUCUUUGGCCAGCAGUUCUCAUCCAUCUGCAUUAAGUGGCCAUACCACUUUAACUGUUAAAAACGCGGCACUGGAAAUUGAUCCGAGCUCGAUAAGGCCUGUCAUCUUUCUGAAGAAUCGACGGAACAAUAGGAUCCACGCGGUAAUCGAAACCGAUGCUACCACAAGAACCAAAUUAAUAUACAACAAGAUAGGGUUGGGACAUAAGAAGCACUGGGCAGAAGACUAUUAG